GUUUCGCUGGUGCAGAUCUUUUCGAGACUGGAGCAACGAGCUCACAUUUUUUUUUCGACACAGUUACUGGCUGCAAUUUCCUCUACGAUAGCUGGCAGUGCAGCUUCAUCUCAGGGAUUGGGCUGGGUACGAUUGGUCGGUAUGAGUCAACGAGAAAUAUAUCAACGGGCUGCGGGGUCGUAUCGCUUCAGGACGACCCUCGGACACGCGCAGCGACCACGUGCGCCGGCUUCAAAUCCUACCUACAACACAACGCCUGCUGGGCAGGAAACACUGAACGUUAAGGGUGUGGGAGGCCCAUCUCCAAAGCGACUUAUCUGGAAGAAGGAUGAAGACAAGAAGGAAAGGCGAUCCAGAUGAGCCGUCUCGGGGAAGGGUUUGUUUGGUGUUUGAAGCACUAAUAUCUAUAUU